CCUCAAUCAAACUCGCGAAUCGUCAACAGCAAACACGGCGCGCCGCGCAUCGACAUCGACAUCGACGCCCUCGUCGUCGUUCGCGACUAAUGCUUUAAAGCCCCCUGCAGCCGGUCGCCCGUCAUCCCCUUCUUUCCCCGGCCUGUCGCGCCAUCAACGCUCUCGUGCUGUCCGCACGAGAUAUCCGUCAGCAAUGGCCUGGCUGUCCUGCUUGUCGCGACCGCCUGGCCAACGCUGGCCAGCGGUGCUACUUCUGGCUCUCUGGACUACCGCUGCAAUAGCAGGGAGCAAGUCGGCUGCCGAUUACUAUGUCCGCGACCUGCCCGGCGUACCCAAGGACUCUGCUCCGAUCAAGAUGCAUGCUGGACACAUUGAAGUAACGCCCGAGCAUAACGGAAACCUUUUCUUCUGGCACUUCCAGAACAAGCACAUUGCAAACCGACAGCGGACUGUAAUUUGGGUAAACGGAGGCCCCGGCUGCAGCUCCGAAGAUGGUGCCUUGAUGGAGAUUGGGCCGUACCGAGUCAAGAACAGGGACACACUCGCUUUGAACAAUGGGUCGUGGAACGAGUUUGCCAACUUGCUUUUCGUCGACAACCCUGUGGGUACGGGAUUCAGCUACGUCGACACGGACAGCUACAUCCACGAGCUGGACACGAUGGCGGACCAGUUUGUCCGAUUUCUCGAGGAGUUCUUCAAUAUAUUCCCUGAAUACGAUCGAGAUGACAUUUACAUCGCCGGAGAAUCAUACGCCGGCCAGCACAUUCCUUAUAUUGCCAAGGGUAUAUUGGAUCGCAACAAGAAGAAGCCAAACGAUCAAUGGAACCUGAAGGGCCUCCUGAUCGGCAAUGGCUGGAUCUCUCCCAACGAUCAGUACCCAGCUUAUAUCAAGUUUGCCCUUGAAAAGGGCAUUUUGAAGAAAGGCGACGACAACACUAAACGGCUUCAGGAUAUGCAAAACAACUGUGACCGGCUUCGAGCCAACAACCCUGAUCACGUCGACUACUCGGAAUGUGAGAGCAUCUUGUCGACGAUGCUGAAGCUUACCAAGUCCGGAAACGGAGACGAUGCCUGCUGGAAUAUGUACGAUGUGCGCCUCAAGGACUCGUACCCUAGUUGUGGCAUGAACUGGCCCCCGGACCUGUCCAGCGUGACGCCAUAUCUGAGACGCACUGACGUUACCAGGGCCCUGCAUGUCAACAGCCAGAGGAACACUGGCUGGCAGGAGUGCAGUGGUGCGGUGACCGCGGCGUUCAAGACCCAGAAAUCUCGCCCGUCGAUUGAGCUGCUUCCUAACCUGAUGAAGGAGGUACCAGUACUUCUCUUCUCGGGAUCAGAGGACCUUAUUUGCAACCACUACGGCACUGAAGAGCUGAUCGAUAACAUGGAGUGGAAUGACGGGAAGGGCUUCGAAGUGACGCCCGGAAAUUGGGCCCCUCGGCGCAACUGGACAUUCGAGGGCAAGGAUGCUGGCUUUUGGCAAGAAGCUCGCAACCUGACCUAUGUACUCUUCCGUGACGCGUCACACAUGGUCCCUUUUGACUACCCUCGUCGGUCUCGCGACAUGCUGGAUAGGUUCAUGGGCGUGGAUAUUAGCAGCAUUGGCGGUGAGCCCACGGACAGCCGCAUCGAUGGCGAGAAGGGCCCCGAGACAACUGUCGGUGGCGCAUCAAACCACACUCAGAGCGCAGAGAAAGAGGCAAAGAAGAAGAUCAAUGAUGCAAAGUGGGCUGCGUAUCAGCGAUCUGGAGAGGUAGUGUUGAUCAUUGUUGUGAUCGCGGCUGGCGCCUGGGGCUUCUUCAUUUGGCGGCAGCGCCGCAAGGGUGCCGCCUAUAGUGCUCUCAGCGGAGAGGAUAACAACAGCCGCGGAAGCUCCCGUAUGCCCGCUAUGCGCCGCAGGCACGGCCGUGGCGACCUCGAGGCCGCCGCAUUCGACGAGACGCGUCUCGACAAUCUGCGCGUGGAGAGCCCCGUAGCACACGACGGAAGCAAGUACAGCAUUGGUGAUGACAGUGACGAGGAAGAGGCGGAUAGCAAGCGUUUCAACGGUGAGACGAAAGGACACAACACUGGAGCCAGCGGGAAUACUGUCAGCAAGCCUUAAGCCGUACACAGGAAAUUCUGCGGUUUACGAUCCGUUCUGGUAUGCAUUUGUAGGCGGUAGAGGCGUCAUCUGGUUGCCGUUUCGUAUAUAGCUGAGAUAAUUUCUAUUCCUUGGUUCGUUUGCCACUGUUUCUAGGCA